GAGGAAGCGGAACUGCGGAAUGGAACUGGGAGGAACGCGGAACCGGAGUGACGUAAAGAUUAAAGAUUUUAGUGAUUUUAGAUAAUUUUCGUAUACCGCAUAAAUAGUAUGUAGUAAAUUUUCACCGCCACAUUUCUUCCUAUAUUUAACAUCAUUCACUGGAAAGUCAACAGUAAUUUGACUUUUAUUAUUUGUCAGAGAUUAUAUUAAUUUCUCCUACAUUUUCAAAGUUUAUGCCUUAAAAUGGCUUCACUCCGAACACUUCUCACACGAGUAUUUGUUUACGAAAGGUUUAAAGGGUUGGAGAGAUUAAUGGUAGCGAAUACUAAAAAGCAAUACAGUGUGUUUCCAAAGCACAUGAAAAGACCAAUUUACAAGGAAGCUGAACAAGAAGAACUUCAAGAAACCGGGGAAUUGCAAACACUGGCCCUUAAAUCUAUAAAGCCUGCAUUUACCACAGAAACCAGUUCCGAAUUUCACGAUCUUGUCGUUUGCAAGUUUACGAAUUACAUUAUGAGAGAAGGGAAAAAAAUUUCGGCCCGAAACGUGAUGCGAGCAGCUUUUGCACAUAUAAAAAGGACCCAGAUUGAAAAGUACAAUACAGCAAAGACAGAAAAAGAGCAAAUGGAAAUUGAACUCGAUCCAGUCAUAAUUCUACAUCGAGCCGUUGAGAAUACCACGCCAGUUUUGGAACUUGUAAAGCUAAGACGAGGGGGUGUUCACUACCAAGUGCCUCAUCCUUUAACAUGGAAACGAGCCCGUUUUUUGUCAAUGAAUUGGUUAAUACAAGCCGCAAAAACCAAGGAGCGCACUGUACAUUUAGGUACAACUUUGGGGAACGAAUUGAUGGCUGCAGCUGCUAAUACGGGUUCCGUUGUGAAGAGAAAACACGAAUUACACAAGCAGUGCGAAGCUAACCGCGCUUACGCCCAUUUCAGGUGGCGAUAAAUAGAAUUGAAUAGGAAAUGGUUGAAAUUGAAAAUUAUUUAGUGUGAGGAUUGUCAUACAUUCUGUAAAUAAACGACUUUUCUGCGGA